UUAAAAACCGGACCGAAAAUUGAUUUAUGGUUUAAAUCACACAAACACAACAAUGGUGGUGCCGGUUAUGUUUUAGGUUAAAUUCGGGCGAUUUUAAUAGAAUUUAGAGUAAUUAGCGAGACUUCUGAGAGUGGAAAUGUACAAUCCGGACGAGGAGGAGGUUAACAAUGGCAUAUUUGAUGAUAUCCAGCCGGCUCCCUGGAUUAACGACGAAGAAAAUGAUGACGACGACGUCAACAUAGGGUUCUUCCAAAGGGUGGAUUCUGAUCAGAUCAUUUACCAGGAGAAGAAAAAAAGGUGUAAAUUCAUCGGGAAAUAUGUGAUGGGUGAUUUACUCGGGGAAGGCAGUUAUGGCAAGGUCAAGGAAAUGCUCGACUCCGAGACCCUCUGCAGAAGGGCUGUGAAGAUUUUGAAGAAAAAAAAGCUCCGGAGGAUACCCAAUGGAGAAAUUAACGUAAAAUCGGAGAUUCGCCUAUUGAAAAGGCUGAAGCAUAAGCAUGUGAUUGAUCUCGUGGACGUACUCAUUAAUGAAGAAAAGGAGAAAAUGUAUUUAGUGAUGGAAUUCUGCGUAGGAGGUCUUCAGGACAUGUUGGAUUCGACUCCUAAUAAAAGGUUUCCUCUCUGGCAAGCUCAUGGUUACUUUUGUCAAUUACUAGACGGUAUGGAAUAUCUCCACAGUAAAGGAAUUGUCCACAAGGACAUAAAACCAGGAAACCUGUUACUGACUCUCGAUGGUACUCUAAAAAUCAGUGACUUUGGAGUUGCCGAGGCAUUAGAUAUGUUUGCCAAAGACGACACCUGUACAGCAGGGCAAGGCUCACCAGCUUUCCAACCUCCAGAGAUAGCUAAUGGCUGUGAAUCCUUCGCAGGUUUUAAAGUAGAUAUAUGGAGUAGUGGCGUAACUUUGUAUAAUCUAACGACCGGAGUCUAUCCCUUCGAGGGAGAUAAUAUUUAUAAGUUGUACGAGAACAUUGGAAAAGGUGUGUACACAAUUCCGCCGGAAGUUGAGGAACCCCUGAAAUCUCUUUUAAUAGGGAUGUUGAAAAAAGAGGUGGAGGAGAGGUUCACACUGCAGGAAAUUAGGAGGCAUCCUUGGACCAUUAGUAGGCUUCCUAGGACAUUGGAGGAAGUGCCGAUUCCUCCUCUCCGGGGCAAUGAAUGGCAUACCAUGACUGUACUGCCGUAUCUGAUGGAUUACAAUUAUGGUGUUGAUAAUGGUCCUACCUAUGUUACAGAACACCAACUCAAUGAAGAGAGGAAGCUCCAAGAGGCGGAAAAUUUGACUGAUCCGGCUGGGUAUGUGAAAAUUACUUCCAAUAGUUCCAAUAGUCAUCCCAACAAAUCGAGCAAUCGUUAUGGCAAAAGAAGAUGGCGCAAAACAAUGUCGUCUUGUAUGAACGUUCGAAAGUUUCCUUCAUGCAAGACAUCGUGAUUUAAUCUCCUCUUUAAAAUUUCGUUUCGUUUCGUUUUACAUGUUUCGUUGACUGUGCCAGGCAAUUAUUUUCUCUUCACUGGCACUUGACAGUACUGAUGAAGAUUGUCGUAUAACUUUUGAGCUAUCUUCCCAGUGGGCAAAAAAAUUAUAGGAUGUCCUAGAUACGUCUUUGGAUAUUCUAGGGCUGCUCUUAAGACGUCCAUUGUCGGUAAAAAAUAUUUCCCGAUAACGUCCUAUGUGCUGACAUAGGACGUUUUUUUAGAGACUUUGUUUGGGCCGACAUAGGGCGUCUUAUAGGCGACGAUUGUGCUGACAUAGGACGUCUUAGAGGCGGUGAUUGUGUCGGCAUAGGACAUCUGAAAAUCGAUGAUUGUGCCAACAUAGGACGUCUUAAAAUUGAUGAUUGUGUCGACAUAGGACGUCUUAAAAUUAACUGUUGUGCCGGCAUAGGACGUUUUUAAAAUGAGACGUUGUUUGUGCCGACAUAGGACGCCCUAGUACCACACCAAGGACGUUUUUGGGAUUUACAUGGUUUUGUGCCCACUGGGUGGCUGUUCAAGAGUAUUGAAUAUAAACGUUUGUGAUAUUAAUAUAAAGUAGAUGUAGCAGAUGAUACUCUAUGAAUGCAGGCUUGGGCCAAAAUCCCCUGCUAAGUAGUUAAAUAAUAUGACACUGUCUUUCACGUGCCAUGAUAAAGAAAAUUAUGGAUCAUAGCGACGCUUCUUGUUACACUAAUUUUUAGAAUUUGUUUUUAUAUGCCCUGAUAACUCUAUGAUUAAAUCCAAGGUUUGCCAAGGUAGUUUUAUCUCUCAAUUUUUCAAUUAUUAUAAUACAACACAGGAACAUUUCUGUUGAUCUUUUAUCGAAUUUGUAUACAGUUUAUGAUUUUUUUUCCAUCUUUGUCUGCAUGGCAUAUUUUGGUUGACUCGUUUCUUGACAACGAAAAAAAAAACUGGGAUCGUCGUGCCGAUGAUGUUGCGAAAAUGUAUAGGCUUGAAUCAAGUUUUUCGUGACUGAGAGUCCGCUAUUUUAUUAAAACGAUGGGUGCAAAGAAAUCACAAACGAUGCAAUCGUAAAAAAUGAAAAAAUUUCGUUUCAAUGAUCAUUUAUAUUAGACGUUAAUAAGAAAUGACGAGAACAUUUUUACAAAAAAAAACGUGCAAUGAUAUCAUAUUUGGUCAAGUUUGACUGCUUGUUCCAAAAUUAAACCAAAUGGCUCAAAUUCUUUGAUAACAUUUAUAACCCAAUUCUAUGUCAGCUUGUUAAAUAAAUAAAACUGCCGCGAAAAAAAGGUAUAGCUACUUAGAAAAAUAAUAUUGUUCUUUUAAAGUCUAAACUGUAUUAUAGUCAAGUCAUUUGUUAACAACACGUCACUGUGCCAUGUAACUUAAUAGUCCGAUCGAAAGAAAAAGGAAAAAUCGCAAGUAUUUUUCAAUCAGUUUUUAAAAUUUAAUUUGUCCAUGUUUGUUGCAACCGUUAAUAUAUUUUUUUUUAGCCUAAUGUUUUAAUAACAAAUAUUAAUCAAACUACCCUCUCCUACUUCUCUUAUUUUCCCCUGUUUCCCCUCACACUUCAACCUUCGCUUCGUCACCCUUCCCAAACUUCUUUCUCAUCUACUUAUUUCCCCUACUUAACUUCUUUCAUUUUCCCUCACUUCCUCUAUUCAUCUUCUAUAUUUUCCCCUACUUUCCGUUACUCUUCUUCCCAGAUUUCCCCCCUUCUUUAAUUCCCAUUCAUUUCUCCUAUUUCCCUUCUCUAUUUUUUCCUACUUCCUAUCACUUCCCCUCCC